UAUGUGAAUGUACGAAACUUUAACAGAAACUGCAGGUCUGUGUCUGGUAAAUUUUCGUUUAAACUAAUUUUGUUCUUAAUACAGUGAAGUUUCUCGCAGAGAGGAUACAGAAAUUUAACUCAAGUAAAAAUAACAAUUCAAAGGAAAAUCACUUAAGUACAAGAAAAACGUACAGCGCAGUAAAAAUAGGGUUACUGAAGUAACUGUAACUAGUUACAUAUUAACUCUUGUAAUAUGUCUCUUAUUUGUGUUCAUCUGUUUUAUCAUAUUCUGAAUCCUGAAAAUGUAACUGAACUUUUACAGCUUUUAACUUUUAUUUUUAAAGUCCUAACCGGAAGCUGUCCUGUUCAUUGAGGCUGUUUGGACGGAACUGAAGCAUCCUGACGUCUUUUCUGAGCACAAAGUGAGAUCGCGCCUCCUCCUCUUCCUCCUCCUCAUCCUCUCCCUCCUCCUCUUCGAGCCACUCGGACUCACAAGGACGAGCUUCCUCUCGGACUCCUUCAGGAUUUAUUCAUUUUUAUUUCGGAUCUCAUUUCUCCUUUUUGCUUUAUUUUUAUUUAAUGCGGGAUAAAUCUGUGUUAUCCGCGGGAUGCAGCCCUCCUCCUGCUGCUGUUCCUCUUCCUCCUCCAUCAUCAUCAUCAUCAGCAGCAGCAGCAGCAGCACCAGAGGGCCGAUGGGCCGAGCAGGACGGCCGGGAUUCAACCACCGAGCAGGUCUCCGUUUCUCCUCCUGCAGGAGGUUCAUGGAGGAGCAGCAGGAGCUCCAGCUGCUCCUCCAUGAACCUCCGUCCAUGUUGAUGGUUUUUAUCCCUCAGUGGGAACCGGGACCAUCUGACCCGGUUCCUGAUGGAGGCAGAUGGGGAUCAGCUGGGGUGGGUGGGGUCAGUGGGGGGUCAUCUGUCUGGACUGACCCUGAAUAAACGGAUCACUGGAAAUAAAAGCAGCACCUUUUCAGCCCAAAUGUCUAAUUAUUUGAAUUUGUUUUAGUUCUGAGUCCAUUCUCAUCUUCUGCUCAUAUCUGUUUGUGUUUUACUAGAAAACUAAUUUUUUCCCACAUUUCUGGCUGUAACUUUAAGCAUGGGGACGUGAAGGAGCCGCCAUGUCCAGAGCAGCCACCAGGGGGCAGAAGUGAGUUAGCAGUAACCGCAGCAACCGGACCUGGAUGGAGUCACGUUAGCCGUGUUUCCAUCAGCGUGUUUAAGUGUCGUUAUAGAAACUUUAUUGAAAUUCAAAAUAACUUCCUUAAUUUCAUAAAAUGGUUUUUCACUCUCGAGAUCAUUUUUGAAAAAUUUAUAGUGAACGUGGAGAUGAAAUCAGAUCUGCUAAAGUUCUGAGCUGGCCAACGCUCCCAUCCACCAGUGAGUCUGUGCCUUACCAGAGGAACCAAACUCUGCUCUGCCAGCUACUUCCGGUUUAUUGAACGAUCGUUUUAUCGUCAAGGAGAUUUAGUUAUGAACAUCAGAAAACCAAAAUAAAAACAGAACUUCCUGUAGACUCACAGCUGGCUGUUUGUGUCCUGCAGGCUGCACCGAGGCUCCCUCCCUUUAACCUACAGAUGUUCCCAGAUGUUUGCUGAGCCGAGCGGACCGAACCUGGAGCGGCCAUGAUGGGAAGCAGCUGGAGGAGGAGGGCCUUUCAGGAAGCGAUGGGAUGUGAAUCUACAGCAUCAACUGCGGACCCGGACCGUUCUGUGAUUUAGAUGAUCCAACAUGUCUGACGGGUUUUAACUACAAACUGACGUUUCCCGGCCGACAGCGGAGAUGAUUGUCGGUCCAAACAUCCUGAUUGUCUUUUCUUCUCCUUCUGAUUGUCUUUUUGUUUGAGAUCAAGCAGCAGCAACGAUUGUCUCUCAUCUUCAGGCCUGAACCUGAAGCAGCUUUAAGUGGAAAUUAAAAACUCUGAGCCUGGAUUAGAUUUAUUCUGGAUUAAGAUGAUAAACCACGUGCCUCCCGGACUGAGCUCGGACACCACGGAGAAGGCCCGGCUGGAGCUGAACGAAAACCCGGACACUCUGCACCAGGACAUCCAGCAGGUGCGGGAUAUGAUCGUGACGCGGCCGGACAUCGGCUUCCUGCGGACUGACGACGAGUUCAUCCUGCGCUUCCUCAGAGCCAGGAAGUUCGACCACGUGGAGACGUUCCGCCUGCUGGCCCAGUACUUCCAGUUCCGCCAGCAGAACCUGGACAUGUUCCAGAGCUUCAAGGUGGACGACCCCAGCAUCAAGCGGGCCCUGAUGGACGGGUUCCCCGGCGUGUUGGAGGCUCCAGACCAACACGGCAGGAAGAUCCUCAUCCUGUUUGCUUCCAACUGGGACCAGAGCCGGAACUCCUUCAUCGACAUCCUGCGGGCCAUCCUGCUCUCCCUGGAGGUUCUGAUAGAAAACCCGGAGCUGCAGAUCAACGGCUUCACGCUCAUCAUCGACUGGAGCAACUUCUCCUUCAAGCAGGCGUCCAAACUGACACCCAACAUCCUGAAGCUGGCCAUCGAGGGCCUGCAGGACAGUUUCCCGGCCCGGUUCGGAGGGAUCCACUUCGUGAACCAGCCCUGGUACAUCCACGCCAUGUACACCAUCAUCAAGCCCUUCCUCAAGGACAAGACCCGGAAGAGGAUCUUCCUCCACGGGAACAACCUGAACUCCCUCCACCAGCUCAUCCAGCCUGAGUGUUUGCCGUCCGAGUUCGGCGGGACGCUGCCGCCGUACGAUAUGGGGAUGUGGGCGCGGACGCUGCUGGGACCCGAGUACAACGACGAGACCGAGUACACGCUGACGUACGACGCACUGCACGUCAGGGAGAACUGCGGCGGCGGCGGCGGCGGAGAGAAGGACAUGAUGAAGAGGUCUCAGUCGACGGUGGAAGCUGCGGCGCUGCGGCAGAUGGACAGAGAGACGAGCACGCCGCUGCUGGCUCUGGACUGACCUGGAGCUCUGGUUUAAACCGGUUUAAAUCCAGGGGUUUGGAUUUGGGUCGGUUUGCUGCCUGAACUUCUUCAGCACCAGAACUCCCAUUAACCUGGAGCCUCCACCAACUGGUCUGAACUCAUCAGUGUUUCUGUUGGGAAUGUGGAACCUCAGGAUGAGAUCAGAGUUUAAUAAUCCGCAGGUUUCGUUCAUCUGAGCUCCACCGUUAGAUAUCCGUCCUCCCAGCGGCGCCAAACCCAGCCCGUCUGAUUCCUCAAACUCCUCCCACAUGAUCCGUUUGACCCAGCAGCUCCGACUGCUGCCGGACUUAAUCACGUCUGGAAACGUAAAAACAUGCAGCACAAAGUUUAAUUCACAUAACAGGGAGGCUAACGAAACAAAUCCAGUUCAGGAUGAAUAAUGCCGAAUGAUGCCCCGCCCACACUGGAAUUAGGCCACGCCCACUGUGCGUCUCUCCCACACUAAAACGAUUUCAACAUUUCCCCACUUUCACUUGAAAACAAAGUUUUAAGGAACAAUAAAUGAUUUUAAAGCAGGUUCCACAGUGAAGCUACAGAAAAGGCUACUUUUGUGAAAUUGCUAACAUAUUAGCAUCUUGUGCGUCGAACACGACAACAAUGGCUGAUUACAUGUUUGUGGAAAAAGUUCUGGAAAAGGUUUUCAUUGCGCUUUGUUGUUUACUAUUCUUGUUGUCUUGGUUUUACAGCUCAUGUAGAAGCUUCAUGUGUAUUCUCCAUGUUUAGCGCCACCUACAGGUCUGCUGGAGUAAAGACUAGAGGUUUUGUCCAUCGUUUGUGUCUCAGUGUGGAUGGAAGUGGUUUGGAAAGCAACAACCUGAUUUAAAAGAAGGAAACGUUCCUGUGUGGGCGGGGCCAAACACUGAGCCCUGUGGCACCCCGACUGUGGAGGAGCCCCUGAUGAACGGACACUUUGGUUGGCUGAGGCGAACUGUGUUGGAGCAAAUACUGAGCCCUGUGGAACACCAGAAGAGUACAAACCGUGUUUUCUAAAACUUUCAAGCCUGCUUUCAAAUGCUGUGAAAAAGUGUUAAAGUAUGAAACGUUAUUUUUUAGCCCAUAUUUAUUUUUUAAAGUGUAAAUUCCUUUCUUGAACCGUGAGAAUCAGAUAAAUUUAGGGUUUUUUUAUUCUGCGGUUGCUACGUCAUGUUUGUUUACAGAGUUGUCUGCUGCCACCAAGUGGCCACUGACUGAACAGCAGGCUAAAACAUGGCGCCUUUCGGUGAAUCUUCAGUUUUUGUUUUUUUUACCUCUGUUGCAACAUCAAUCAUGCCACGUUUCACUUGAAGCGAGCGUCACUAUGGAAACACCGACACUGUAAAAGAAUGAUGUGCAUGAAACUUUUAUAAACCUCCGUCACGUCACUCAGAAAACAACGGGUUUCAUUUAAAGAUUGUAUGUUAUCGUUGUAUUACCGCACUGAAUAUAGAAGACGUUAUUUUCACGCAGCAGAAACGCCGACGACUGAACAUGGCGGAGUGACGUCAACAGGAAGUGGGAGGGUCGGUCUUCCUGUUUGCGGUGUUAAUAAAUGAGCGUUAGGGCUACACGCGACCUUGAUGUAAUGUAUUUAAUUUCAAUGAAUGUACAGAAGUAAAGAUUUACACCAA